GGUGUGAGAGAAGGCAAUAGCGUGGCAAUUGCUGCCUGAUGCAGUGAUGUCUGUACGCUGCUCGGGACCAUUUUCCUGCCAAAGUGUCACUGAUGGAGGGAAGGAUGCAAGCAGUGUACCCUCUUCCAAAAACUUCGGAAGGACAAGCAGUGAUGUAGUUUCCAAGGGCUCCCGUAUUCAUGUGUGAGCCCCUAAGCCACACUUCGCCUAGCUUCCUGCUGAUCUUCAGCCCGCUGAAAUCUGUUGGAUAACGAGGUUGGAUAUCCUGAUGCACCGUUUGCUGUCUUAUUGGAGCAUGGUGGAGCUUGCAUGGCCACAUCUUGCCUGAGGUCUUCUCAGAAACUAUGUCAUGAGGUUAUCUUGUUGAGCAAAACUGUUAUUUGAUGCCUGUUAAUGGAAAAGUAUCAAAUCACUUUGUGACAGCACUUCAUAGGGGACUGUUUGGGUGCUGUAGAUGUUCCUGUCACCAGUACAUCAUGGUAGAUGUAGCAGAGGAGGAAAUGGAUAACUGCACAUUUAAAAGUGACACUGUGCUUUCUGAUGUUCACUUGCACUGUCCGAACAAAAGACAUCUUAUGGUACGAUUGAAUGCAGUUGGACAACCAGUGUUCCUGUCGUAUUUCAAAAUCCUUAGGAACACAGAAGAUUCCCCAUCUGAGAAACAUGUGAGAGAAGCUACAACAGAAAGAGAACACCAGUACGGCAGUGAAGAUGAACUGUGUGACCAGGACAGGAAUAAUCUAAAAAAAGAAUUAAACAGUGAAGGAGUAGAAGCUCUGCUAGAUGAUGACGGAGACUUGGACGUAGUUAGAAGACCUCGAAGAGAUUCUGAUUUAGAAGCGGAGGAUCUUUUGAGGGAUAGAGUGUAUCCUGUAAUUCUGAUGAAAGGGAAAGAUGAUGCUUUUGAAGAUGAAGAACAAGAAUGCACUUGCACUGAUGUUGUUAAAAUAGAACAUACUAUGGCCACCCCCUUAGAAGAUGUCGGUAAACAAGUCUGGCGUGCAGCCUUUCUUCUUGCUGAUUACAUUCUGUUCAAGCGGGACACGUUCAGGUGUUGCUCGGUGCUGGAGCUUGGAGGUGGCACUGGUAUUACAAGCAUUAUCAUGGGAACAGUUGCCAAGAGAGUUUAUUGCACAGAUGUUGGUGAAGAUCUUCUGGCCAUGUGUGAGCAAAAUGUUGCAUUAAACAAACAUCUGAUGGAGCUGGGAAGAGGGGAAGUUAAAGUAAAAGAACUGGAUUGGCUGAAAGAUGAAUUCUGCACUGAUCCUGAAGCUCCUUAUAGCUGGUCUGAAGAAGAGAUUGCUGAUUUGCAUGACCACUGUACUGUGAUAAUGGCAGCUGAUGUGUUCUAUGACGAUGACCUGACAGAUGCCUUUUUCAGAAUGCUGUACAGAAUCACACACAACUUGAGAAAUUCUUGCACAGUUUACCUAGCAUUAGAAAAGAGGCUGAACUUCACUUUAAGACAUAUGGAUGUUACAUGUGAAGCCUACAGUCAUUUUAGAAAUACUCUAAAUGAUUUGGAGAACCUCCAAGACAGAAAAAUGAAAUAUACUGUGGAGCCCAUUAAGCUUGAUUUCUGUCAGUUUCUUGUUUAUGAACGAAUUGAGCAGUUGGAAUUGUGGAAGAUCAUUGCCGAACAGCUAACGUGACAGGGACAUGAGAAAAUAGAAGAUGAUUAUGUAAGGAUGAAGGCUUUUUUGAUGUUUUAUUAAAAAUGGAUUUUCAUCCCAAGAAAAGUAUUUUCCUGGUGGAACAGUGUUCUCAGAAAGAAUUGCUAUGCAGAUGUGCUUUACUUCAGUAAAUUUUGGGUUUGGCACUUAGGACAUGGUUUCCCUGAUGUUUAUUUUACAAAACUGUUUAAGGUUGAUCUUCAGAGUACGUGCAGGAUGCCAGAUGGUGACAGUGUCACGGUGACUUGCUCUUCGGGAUUGAUGACUUAGGUUUUAAACUCUGACAAAGAGGCAUUUUAACCUUUUCCCUGUGGCUGAUUUGCAGAUGUCAUGCAUUUUCCUUUUUAGUUUUCUGAACAUGGAUGCUGUUCUUAGUCUCAUCCUAUUUCCACAUUAUUUAUAUUUAUGGAUGUUACUGAAACUGUGUUCUGAGCAAGCCCUGUUUGUCUUUCAUGGACUUUUCUUUAAGCAAUCUGUUUAUGGAACUUAGUCCUUAAUUUUCAGUUUAUCCUAUCCAAAUCAUUUUAGUUUAGGGCUACUGUCUGAACUGAAAGGAGAUGAGAUGUAUUUUGUUUGACCCUCUAAAAAUACUCCAUAGGGGUCUUGGAGCUGUAUUGUCCUGCUGGAAGUUCAAGCUAUUCUGUCCUUGCCAGGUUGAGGUUGGAAGGGUACCACGUGAAGCGCUAUGCUACUGCUCUUCCAGUGUUUGGAAUUCUGCUCUCAAUGUGUAUGUGAGGCUAGGGAGAAGGAGGAGACCGAGAAUGUGUUGCCCAUACCAGUGGAGCCUUCAGUAUCUUAGCUUUUGGAUUAAAGGGCAACAUAUUGAACAAAUCUCUCCUGUCUUAUUAAUGAAACCAAGAAUUUGUUCGUACUUGUUAUAAAUUUGAUGUGUACUAUUACGUUUGUAUCACUCGUCGUAUGUACGCGGUCACAGAAGUUCUUGUGCCUGCUGGGUUCUCUAGCAUUGUGACAGAGUCUGUGAUGAAGCUGUUCUGGCCUGAGAGUCGUGGGAGGGUGCGUACGUUACAUUAGAACCGCCUGCCUCACUUCCAGAAAGUCUGUUUUACAUUUGGCUUAGUUCAGUUGAUUUGGGUCAGUUAUUUUGUAACCUGCUUAAGUGUAUGGAGAUGUAUGUUUUUCGUUUCGUUAAUGAGAUGAAAGGUCAUUAGACAGUAAUGGCCUUUGGCUGUGAGUAUAGUCAAAGUAAAAAUUACGUUCUGUUAGCAUCUAUCUGCCUGAAUUAAUACAGAACUGCUUUCUCACAACCUCAUUUGAACUUCAGAGAUAAUAAACUGUAAUUUAACCCAGAGAUUCCCAAAAUAGUGUUAUUCAUUUGUUUUGUAAUGUUAUUAACUUUGGUAGAUUCACUGAAAACAACUGUUUUUGAAUUAGCUGCUUAUAUAAGUAGUUAUUUUUUGAAGGCUGUAAGCAAGAAAUGAAUUUGAACUGAUAUGAAAUAGCGUGUGCGGUUAGAGAGGAUUUUUACUUGCGCGGGACUUCUGAACGUCUUCCUCCUAAAGAAACGUUAAUCUUUCUGUUGAAGGGAAGGAACAGCUUUGAGGGUUCAGUGACUAAGAUCUAAAGGCCAAUGCAAAUUUGAUGUGACCCUUUUCACUAAUGACAAGAAAUAGUCAAAAGUAGGCAACAAUUCUUAGAACAUGAAAAUCACAAGAGUCUUCCAAGGCCUUAGCUUUGUGGUGUUAAUAAGAGAUAAUAUAGCCCGUCUUGCCAGAGAAUUGUCCACUGCUACUUAAGGAUAUUAAGUAUGGAUGCCACCUUCUCAAUUUUGACUUUAAUCAUACUUUAAGUAUGUCCUACAUGUCAUUGUUUUCAGAAGUCAUCAUGCAAAUUUACACCUUUAGCAGUUCAUUGUUUAUUAAGAUGAUGAAAAUUGGGGAAUUGUUUAGUCUUGGGCAUACAGAUUAUGAUUGGAAAUGAAGUUGGUGCCUAAAAUGAUAAUGCAUUGAGCACAUUGUCUGUGUUUAUGUAAUCAAGAAGGAUUUAUUCCUAAUAAAGCAUAAUUU